AUGGCAUACCAGUACAGCAGGCUGUUGCAAAAACAUUACAGCGCCCCAGUCUACAAUUCUUGUCGCAGUUUCAGCUCAGCGCCAGCUUUGCUCUCUGGACACAGCAAGUGGGCGACAAUUAGGCAUGACAAGGCCAAAAAUGACAAAGCCAAGAGCAAGGAGCGCCAGAUGGUGAGCAAGGAAAUUAGCAGUGCUACACAAUUAUGGGGCCCUGAUCCGAAAUACAAUCCUCGUUUAACCCUCGCGCUAUCAAAUGCGAAGCGUGCCUCCAUUCCAAAAAUCGUCAUUGACGCCGCAAUUGCAAGGGGGCAAGGACUCAGUGUGACGGGACAAGCAUUGGAGGCUUUGACACUUGAGGCGAUGCUUCCCGGCUCGGUGGCAGCAGUCAUUGAGUGUCAGACUGACCAAAAACUGCGAGUUCUACAAGAUGUCCGACAUGCAAUUAAGACAUACGGCGGAACUAUGACACCAACGACAUUUUUAUUCGAGAAAAAAGGCAGAGUGGCAAUGGAAAAGAAGGAUGGUGUAAACGCGGACGACUACUUGGAUCAUGCCAUCGAGGCCGGCGCAACCGAUAUCAUUACAGAUGAAAAUGGACGCUUGGUUGUGUUUACAGAUCCAUCGGAAACCAAAAAAGUUGGCGAAGCAUUCUCGAAAUCAGCAGGUCUGACAAUUGAGGAGCUGGAGAUCUUUUGGGAUCCCAACCCUGAUACUCUGGUUGAGGUGCAGGAUGAGGAACAUGUCAAGUCAGUUGACAACAUCCUCAGUGCUCUGCGCGAUGAGCCGGGGGUGCAGGACAUUUACCUCAAUACAACGGAGAAGCUAUAA